UCCAUUCAAUUUAAUUUAUUUUUUUUAUCUGUAUUGCAUUAAAUUACAUGACAUUUAUCAGACGUGAGUGGGUGAGUGGAGGACACUUGCAAAUGAUAAAAGUCGAGGUGCUUAUUAUCUUUAGGUUGAUUGUCAUAUAUAAUCGUAUGUUAUGCCCCUUGAUAGUUGCGUAUUAGUUGAAGGGGCUAAAUUGCAGGCUAUUUGUUAAGAGAUGCCAAGGAAGUUGUCUCCGUGUAUAUUAUAAAAGUUAAGUGUCAACCGAGGAUUCCUUUUUAUGUUCAUGGUAAAUGUAGUAGUCAGGGUAACACCAUACAAACGGCAGUUUUUGCAGGUGCGAUCAAGAAAAAAACAACAUGAUUCGUCUCUCUCUGUGUGUGUGUGUGUGUGUGCGCGCGCGAGUGGGAGACGGGGAGGGGGCGGGGAGAUAGCGUGCGCGCGUGUGUGUGUGUGUGUGUGUGUGUGAGAGAGAGAGAGAGAGAGAGAGACAUUCCUCCAGGGAUACCGAAUAAGCAACUUUGUUACCAGGCAUAGCGUUGUCUCCUCUGGCACAGCACGUUAUGAAAAGAGAAAGGCAUUUGGCAGUUAUGGUUGAUCAGCGUUUAUUUGUAUCCUCCUUUAGUGCAUUACUGACGGCUAACCUGUUCAUAACAAAUAGGCAUCUUAGAACAUUUGCAAGUCAUACAAUAGAACGUGCGUUGUCAUACCUAACAAGGAACCUUAUUUACCAGUGAGUGAGAUGACAGUGCAUACUUCGGCGGCCCAACAGUGUGAGUUUGGCCAUCGACACAGGAAAAUGCAUCUCUGGAUUGUAAUUAUAUUGUUGGUGGCUACAUCGGUGGGCAUCGUUGAAAUGUUUGACAAUUAUGGAGAGAUAUGUCGAAGAUUGUGUGCCUGUGAGGAGAAAGAGGGGAUACUGACAGUAAGCUGUGAAAGUAGAGGAAUUGUCGAUCUCUCUGAAGUAAGCCAUGUGUACUUCACAACGUAUAAUUUACUGCUCACAGGGAACCUUUUGAAAAGGCUCUCCGCCAAUGACUUUGUUGAAUACAAUGGGCUUACAAUAUUGCAUCUCGGCAACAAUGACAUAUCCGACGUUGAAUCAGGAGCUUUUAAUGGACUUCAGGGAUUAAAAAGAUUACAUCUCAACAAUAACAAAAUCGAUGCCUUGAAGGAAGAUUUUUUUGUUGGCCUUGAAAGUCUGGAAUAUCUUCAGCUAGACUACAAUUACAUCACCCAUGUCGAGCCAAAUGCCUUCAGCAAACUGCGUCACCUGGAGGUCCUGAUUUUAAAUGACAACUUAAUUUCUACUCUUCCCACUAACAUUUUCCAAUAUGUCCCUUUGACUCACCUUGACCUGAGGGGGAAUCAACUCAAACUGCUCCCAUAUUCAGGUGUUUUGGAACACAUGGACAGUGUUGUGGAAUUACAACUAGAGGAGAACCCAUGGAACUGCUCUUGUGAGCUGAUUGCUCUAAAGGCCUGGCUUGAGAGCAUAUCGUACACCGCUUUAGUGGGUGAUGUGGUCUGUGAGUUUCCAUUCCGGCUUCAUGGGAGAGAUCUUGAUGAGGUCUCUAAACCAGAACUGUGUCCCAGGAGAGCUAUUGCAGAGUAUGAGAUGCGUCCCCAAGCACAUCAGACCACUGAUGCAUACUUUAGAACCACACCAGCCUCAGUCACAGCCUCAUUCCCAUCCUCUGCCAUCUUACGGUCCUCGUCAAGACCCACCAAGGGACCUCGCCAGUCAGGCAAACUAAAGUCAAAACCCACGUCUCGCAUCCCCUCCAAUAAACCGCAAAACUACGGUCAAAUCGUUUCAUAUCAAACCAAAUCCCCUGUGCCUUUGGACUGUCCUACUGCCUGUACUUGCAAUCUCCAAAUUUCAGACCUCGGUCUGAAUGUCAACUGCCAAGAGAGAAAGAUUGAGCGAAUCUCUGACUUAAAUCCCAAACCCUACAAUCCCAAAAAGAUGUAUCUCACAGGGAAUUAUAUCCCUGUGGUGCGGACAUCAGAUUUCAUUGAAGCAACUGGAUUAGAUUUGCUUCACCUUGGCAACAAUCGGAUUGCUCACAUCCAUGACAGAGCCUUUGGGGAUUUAACACAGUUACGCAGGCUAUACCUGAAUGGGAAUUUGAUAGACCGCCUCACAGUCGAUAUGUUCUAUGGAUUGGAGAGCCUGCAGUUCUUAUAUUUAGAAUACAAUGUCAUUAGAGAAAUUGUGUCAAACACCUUUCAGCAUGUCCCCAACCUUCAGCUGCUCUUCCUGAAUAAUAACCUCUUGAAGACCUUACCCGGGGAAAUCUUUAAUGGGUUGAAAUUGGCCAGACUAAAUCUUCGCAAUAAUCACCUCCGCAAUCUGCCUGUCAGUGGCGUGUUAGAUCAGCUGACAUCACUGGUGCAGGUAGACUUGUUCGAGAACCCCUGGGACUGCCGCUGUUCAAUUGUAGAGAUGAAGACGUGGCUGGAACAGCUCAGCACAGGCACGGUUGUAAACAAUGUAAUCUGUGGCUCCCCUAAAAGACUGUUUGGGGAGGAUAUGCGAUACAUUAAGACAAGUAAUUUCUGUCCCAAUAACUCCGAUAUCCUUGCCUCUGUGAUCCCACCCUCUGAAGAAACCAUUCCCGGCAGCACUAUCACCAUUGAAACAUCAUUAGAUGACGACGCACAUAUCAACAGUGUUCCUCUAUCUGUUAUGAUCCUUGCCCUGCUCCUGAUGUUCAUCGUUUCGGUGUUUGUCGCUGCAGGACUGUUUGUGGCUGUGAAGAAGAGACGUCAAAAGACUCUAAAAGAGCAGAAUAACUCAAUGAACGCGUGCAUUAGUUCGUUGAACAUGGAGUACGGUCUUUACAAAAAGGGAUCCGUUCCAAAAGUCAGGACGUCUGCAGGGCAUGUGUAUGAGUACAUCCCCCCUCCCACAGAACACACAUGCAAGAGUACCGUCUAUACCCCAAGCCAGAGCAAGUCAGUGGAUGGGUACAGAGACUUUGAUGAGUUGAAUGGGGCGUUUCUGAAUAAUCACUCGGAUGAAGAGGCGACUAGUAACGCAAUAAGCUCUGAAUACAGUGUUAGCACUCCAAAGCCACUCAACAAACAUUCCCCCUUACAAGACAAUCAUCAGUAUUGCUACAGAGAUGUAGAACCCGACAAGCCGUCAUCUUACAGCAAUGCUUUACCUUGCAGGCAUACUGCCCAUUCAUCAAAUCAGUAUGCGUCAGACUUUGAUAUCAGACACCAAUACAUGCACCCAGAAAGAAUACAACAGACAAUAUUAUAUUGCACAGCACCAAGUACUGUUUAUGUUGAGCCUAACAGGAGCGAGUACUGGGAACUGAAAGCCAAGCUUCAUAUUGAUCCCGACUACCUUGAAGUUCUUGAGAAACGUACAACGUUCACCCAGUUUUGAAUGACUGUUUUCCCUUAAAAGGUUGAAUCAUUGCUAUGUUUGCUGCAUUGGCACACAGUGCUCAUGUUCAAUUUGAGCAUUUUACACUGAUUUCUAUCUUUUGAAACUACAGUAUGCAGAUGCUUCCCCUUAACAACAUAAAAAAUAGGUAUUUUGUCUUUAUAUAUCCUCAAUACAGCUUGUUGCUACAGUAGCUAGUUUGUUUAUCAAUUUCAGUCUUUGCUUUGAGAAAAAUUGUAUUUGAGGUUAUCCAAUUCCUUUGCCAACAACUGUAUGUAAAUCAGUGAUGGGGGAAAAAAUAUAUAGUAAAAAUUAUUUUGGAUGAUAUAUCGAUAUAUAUCCAAGUAUCGAUUGGUAAAAUCGAAGGUAGCGCUAGCGCUUGUCGGCUGACCCUUCGAACAAAACUCUGGUAUUUUUCAUCCUAUAGCUUGUUCUCCAUCUUCUUUUUAAAUAGUGAGUCAACAUGUUUUCAGCACUUUUAUUUCCAUGAUUGAUCAACUCUCAUUUUCUAAUGUUCUCUCUUGUCUCUCCGCAGCAGACAUAUAGUGAGCAAUAUGUUUGGAACAUUAAAUUGCAAUAAAAUUGCAGUAUUGAAUCGCAAUACAUAUCGAAUCGGUACUUAAGUAUCGUGAUAAUAUUGUAUCGUGAGGUCGCUGGCAAUCCCCAGCCCUAAUGUAAAUAUGCAGUUCAUGUAUGCUUGUUGCACUUUUUCAAAAAGGGAGGUUCAACUGGCUUCUGUGUGCAUAUGGGUAUUCAUGAAACAAACAAAAAACAAUGUUUUUAAAAGAUAAAUGGAAAAUCCAUACUUCAUAAUUCCUGGGCAGUUUUGAGGUGGAACAGUAUGCUCAUAUCAUUUUUUUCAAAUGGUCUAUUUUUAUAGUAUUUGGAAAUGUAGUUCUUCUGUUUUUGUUUUAUUACUUUGUACACAAUGCACUGAUUGACCCGAACAGGUCAACAACGGAUAUGAUGUCACUUUCUUAUAUAUAUUUCGUAAGUCAUAGACUAUGUAAAUAACCAUGGCUAUAGCCAUAUGUAAAAUGAUUGCAGACAUGCAACCACUGCAUUCUGAAGGAAAGUUAUAAGACAUUUUGCACUAUACGUGCAUAAAGCCACUUUUUUUUCCAGGAUGGAGACAAUCCUCAAUUUCCCUAUUUUUAUCUUUAGGGAUACAAAAUCAGUAUUCAGAAUAUCAUUGUCAACAAAUAAACAGCAAACACAUACAGUGUGUAUCCCUAUUAUCGCUGGAAAUAGCUCUAUAUACAAUGGAUUGGAUGCAAAAUAACUUCUGGUGACUGCCACUUUUAUACGUUUGAUCACUCAAAAUAUUUUUGGGACAUUCAUACAUUUGUUUGGUAUUACUAAGGAAUCUUCUAAUUCUAAUUUAUUGUUAGACAUACACAUUUUCAGGUAUGGUCCUUUCACUGUGGUACGUACGGUGUCUAUUCAAAGCAUUGACAACGAAUUGUGUAAACAUUCGUAAAUGUAAUGAAAUGUGCCAGUCUCUAUGUGUUGGUCUCCAGUUCCAAGGUCACCACUGCCAUGUUGUGUUGUUGGCAUUUCCUACAACUUGUGAUGAGAUUAUGUCAGAGGUUGCUCAGUAUGUGCUGAAAAGCAGACUGGGUUUCAGAAAUAAUACAUUCUAACCCAUUUUUGGGCCAUUUCUUUAAAUCAAAAGCACUAAGAAAAGACUGUCCCUAUUACAAUGCAUUGCACUGGAUUAACUUGUUAACAUGUUAGUAAUAUUGACAUGUUAAUCCAGUGCACUGUAGUAAGGACAGUCUUUUGUUAGUGCUUUUGAUAAAAAAUGGAUCCAAUAUGGUCAAUCUUACUUUUUAUUGUAUUGAGGUUAGAAAUUGUGUUUUUGAUUCCAGUAUCUGUCAUCGCACCAUAGCAUUGUUCUUGUUGGGUUUGAAAUCACAUGACAAGAGUUCAAUUAAUAUAUCCAAUGAUUUACUGUAAUUCCUGACCCUCCUCCUUAGCCUUUAUUGAUUUAAUAUGUCCAUCCAUAUGCAGUUAGGGUGUACAGUGUAUAUAUCACAAGCAAAUAGCCAUUACAGUAAAACUACACACAAUGUUUUGUAUCACAUUCAAGUAUAUCAAAGAGAUUGUAAAAAUUAAAUGUGACUCGUGGAAAUCUGUUUGUACGAACAGGUAGACAUCAGUGUUUUUUUUCUUCUGAAUUUUUUAUACAAGGGUUUUGUAAAUGAGGUCUAGCGAGUGUUCCACUUCUGUACAUUUUUUAUCGACUUUGUCCCUUUAGUUCAAGUUAUUUGGUGAAUUAUAACUUCUUACUUCAACUUUGUAAAUAGAAUGUGCCAGCUGCAUCUUGCGGACUGCUGCUUCACGGAGUGCAAAGCCUGGUUUUUAUUGUGGAAACAUACAGGACGAGAGGGAAUGCAACUUGGGUAUACGAUGUGAGCACAGAGAUAAAUGUAUCUUAAAAAGUGCUGUUUCUCCUAUUGUUAGCCAAUGAAUAAAAUAUGUGCAUUCAUUCUG